AUGGAAAGGACGUUAUUACGUCAUAAUAAUCAACAACGUCAUCAAAAGUUCGUAAACGUCGUAUCUAAACAAAUGGGCGCGUCAUUAAAUGCAAAUAGCUUCAUUCAUCAUGCAGCGUGUGAUUCCACAAUAAAAACAAUGUCAAUAAGUAAAAAGGAACUAGUGAACGUGCAGUUGAAUGUCUAUAAACCAGCCCGUGAGAAGUAUAUUGACUAUUUCCUGGCUGUGGUCGGUCCCGGUCGCCAACUUGGUAACGAGGACCCGAACAUCGCACCAAGAUGUCACCCUGUCGGUCAUCAUUUCUGGACAAAGAAACUAUGGUUGCCGAAAGAGUCAAAUGUGUAUUUCAAAUUCCUGCUCGUGAAAAAGUCUACAAAUGCGAUAAUAGAACUAGAAGAGAUAUUUCCCCACAGGUUGUACGUUGGUAACAAAGCACUUAACGUAGAAAUGGUGUACAACAGAACAAAAUUGGUGGUCCGCGAAGUUUGUGAUGGAAACCUAAUGGAAAGCCGUGCCAGUAAUAAAGAACCAGUACACAUCCGCAGUUUGAUUAUCAAGCGCUCUAACAUAGUGCACGGCACUCAUUUCACGCCCUCAACAGAUGCUAACCAUGUGGCACAAACAGUAGACAUUGCCAAGUCACAAAAUGAUGAAACGUGUAACAGAUUGGUACAGCUUCAUGACCACAAUCAGAACUGUACACAACCGCUUCUGAUAGAUAUGAAGAAAUUGAGUGCACCAAUACUACCAUGUAAGGUGAUAGAAAAAAAGAAAGUUCACACAGUUCUAAAUCUCCAGGUGAAAAAUACAAAGAUAAAUCUACCCAUGCUGCUUGAACUUAAAGAUUCGUCAUUGGAAAUAGUCUUCAACAGUAUGUUUGUAAUGAAUACGUUGGUACAGCCUAGCCCAUACAAAGCUCUCGACAUAUCUCAUAUGAAUGACAAGGAGCGGCCCCAGACUUCAUUACAAAUCAGUGGUUCAAAUGAAGACAAAGUUAUCAGCCGUAUUAUGUGUGAUUCAACGUACAUGGAUAAUAAACUAAUAAACGAGUUUAUAUGUCAUGUAGGAAAAGAAUCGUUUCAGCAAAUUCAAGUACACGACAAGAAGAAAGUUCAGUUGGUUAAACCUUUUAGCGGCACACAUUGUGACACGGAGCAGAUAUCUCACAAAGAAAUGAACGGCGGCCCCACCAUUACGGCAUAUAAAACUUCACAAGAAGUUCCAGCAUUGCCAAACAUGUCUGCAGACAAAUGUUUUAUUACUACAACAACGGAAAACGGACAACCGGAUACCUCCAACAAGGUAACAGACACAUUACAAGUUGAUAAAGCUCACAAGAAGGUACUUGAUACACAGGGUGGUGAUGUUAUUGCAGACAGCGGUAUUGAAGCAGCAGGAGCUUUUAAUGAUAAAGAUAAGAAAAGUGGACUGUUCCCUUUGAAGACUAAUUAUUAUAAGGGGCUCAUUUUUAUGGCAACUGGCGCAGCAGUUGUUGCCUAUAUCGGAUACUGUAUGUUCAGCGUAUUUUAAGAGGAUAACUUACUAACAUUUUAUGUGUCUUUAUAAACAUUUUGUGAAAAAUAAUUAUAUAAAAUUGUUAAAUUAAAAGAAAUAUU